CCACCCAUUCCCCUUUCCGGCUCUCCCCUAGCCCCACCCACGCAGCCUCCCUGUUCACCUGAUCUCCUCGGCCGCCGCUACCCGUCCGCCAUGGCCUCCUCCAAGCUCCUAAGCCGCACCCUGAGCUCCUCCUUCCUCCGCUCCUGCCGUAUCACUUAUACCUCCCUCCUCCCGACCGCUUCCCGCCGCCACCCGGGGCCAUUCCUCUCCCUCCGCUUCUGCUCCGCCGCCUCCGCGGCUGUCGAUGUCGCUGCUGACCCUGCCGUGGCUUCUGUAUCCGCCGGCCACCCGUGGCCGGAGUGGGGCGAGUUCCUCGACAAGCUGCGGGCCAAGGGGUACUUCAAGCAAGUUGUGCCCGCCUCCGGCGUGAGCGCUGGCGAGGGCGCCGCCGGAGGUGGGGAGGCGAUUGCGUCUGAUAACGCAGCAGCGGCUGCUGCAGAUAACGUGGCCACUUAUCCUUUCAGGGAGCAGAACAAGGUGAAGAACGCGUGCCUCAUAUUCGCGCGCGAACGCUACGAUCUCCUAAGUUCCCUUCCCAAGCAGGAUAUUCAAGCUAUUGUCGAGUGCGGCUGUCCUAAUACCAAUAGAAAGCCUGUCAAUGCUGCAAAAAAGCUGAGAGAGUUUCUCCAGGUCGAAGAAAAAGAUGCAUGCGGAGUUUGCAAAUUUCGUGAAUCUUGUGAUAGAGCUUAUCUAGUUCCAAAGGCCGAGGAAGGAGUUAGGACCGUUAAUGUUGUUCGCAUACUGCUAGAGUAUGCAAUGGAUACAAACAACCUUUCAGGAGAAAACUCUGUUAGCGAAAGCGUGCAAGAAUCUGCAAGAAAGCUUCUCUCCAAGCUUAUUAUACUGAGUGACACAACAAUUGAUCCAUCUGUUCCUAAACCUGUAUUUCAAACCUCUAGUAAGCAGCAGUCAUCAACCAAACUUUCUGACAAGAGCAAAGGGGCUCGGGGCUCAGUUCGGAAGGGGAGAGAAACAACCGCAGUUGAAAUGAAGAUGGGUGAUUGGCUGUGCACGAAUUGCAAUUUCUUAAAUUUUGCUCGAAAUCGGCACUGCCUUGAAUGCAAAGCAGAUGGACCGAAGAAGGUAGAAGCAGCCACAACUGAAAUGAAAAUGGGUGACUGGAUCUGUACACAGUGUCACUUUAUGAACUUCGCUCGCAACAAGAUAUGCUUUAAAUGUGAAGAACCUCGUCCGAAGAGGCAGCUCAAUCCUGGAGAGUGGGAAUGCCCCUCAUGCAACUAUGUUAACUUCCGACGCAACAGGAUGUGCAAGAAGUGCAGCCAGGACCGCCCUGAGGAUGAUACCCAGGAUAACCAGCUGGCACUAAGGAACACGAGAGGUGCUGGCAAGAGUAGAAGUUUUGACUUUAGUGAUCAGGACGGUGACAAUGAUGGUGAUGCCUCACCCUACAAAGGGUUCCGCAAGCAUGUGGCAGGCAUGAGGCCGAAACCAGACCAGAAGAGAACCUCUGCCGAGAGUAGAGGUGACGUUGAUCUGGAUGAUGGUCUCCUCACUGCCAAGCCUAGAAGCUUCUAAGGAAGACGAGGGCAAGGACAUCUCUUCAUAUGAAGCACCAGCGUGUGUGAGCAGAAGGGCAACGCUGGCUCGGAAGAUUUUCACAGCUGCCUGAAACCAGUGAAAAUACCUGGCAGCUUGGAGCUUUGGUGUCUCCGCUUUCGCUUUGUAACAUCUCACUGGACGCAUACUAGCUGGUAGAGGACUCGUGAAAUAAUAGGGUGCCUGGAAUCUAGAAACAAAUUUGACAACGUCGUUCGCUCUGCGUACGCGCGGACGAGGGACGCGAACAUGUUCUUAUUUGUACCGGUAUUAUACAGAUUAUUAGGGAAUCCGUUGCAGUACA